AUCAGACUAAAAACGCCAGGCUUAUUGUGUGCCAAGUGGUUUUUGCGUCAUGUAAUUGAGAAUUUAUUUGGGGAUUUGUAGUCCAGAAGCACAUGAUCACCUGAUUUCUUAAGGGCCCUAAAGUGGGCUCUGUUUUAUUUUCUAAUUUUGUGUCUAAAGAGAUUCCAAUGGUCAAAAUCGAAAAUCUAGUUUUGAUACAAUCAUUUUGUCAUUUUUGUGCUUAUGUUGCAUAUUCUAGAAUUAGUGUAAAUUACCACACAGUUAAUGUAGUAAUUAGUAUCUUAAAUAGACAGUACACACAUGAAUACACAGGGUGAGUUUUAAUAUGGUGGGAGGGGGGAAAGAAAAUCACCAGGUAGGAUUGUUGUUGUCUGAGCAAACCUCGCUAACAAGCAGCCCUCUCAUAAACACUGUAAUUAAUGUGCCUGAAUGGUCUGGGCAACAACGAUCUGUGUGUGCGCGUGUAGUCCCGGGUGCAGUGCUUGCGGCAGGAUGGCUAGCAGAUGUCAGAGCGCAUCGAUAAGUUCUCAGCGUGUUGUUGCAGCGUCAUUCUGUUUGAAUGAAGUUCAACCUGAGAACUAGCUCAACUCUCCAUUCGCGCCCCAGUGGAUUGAAACAGGAAAAAAACAAAGAGUUGAGGAAGUAAAAAGGUUGCCAAAUAUGCCGGUGUUUACAGUGAAUGUGAAAUGGGGCAAAGAGAAGUUUGAUGCAGUAGAGUUGAACACUGAGGAACCACCCAUGGUCUUCAAGGCUCAACUCUUCGCCCUGUCAGGAGUUCAGCCAGACAGACAGAAGGUCAUGGUGAAGGGAGGCACUCUGAAGGAUGAUGAGUGGGGGAACAUUAAACUGAAAAAUGGAAUGACUCUGCUGAUGAUGGGCUCAGCUGAAGCCCUGCCUGAGGAACCGGCCGUUCGGCCCAUGUUUGUCGAGGACAUGACUGAGGAGCAGCUGGCCUCAGCGAUGGAGCUGCCUUGUGGGCUGACAAACUUGGGCAACACCUGUUACAUGAAUGCCACAGUGCAGUGUCUGCGCUCUGUGCCGGAGCUCAAGACUGCUCUCAGAAGGUAUGCAGGUGCUCUGCGAUCUUCAGGGGCUAAUGCACCUUCACAAUACAUCACCGCAGCCCUUCGUGACUUGUAUGAGACCAUGGAAAAGACCUCAUCUAGCCUGCCUCCCAUCAUCUUGCUGCAGUUCCUCCACAUGGCCUUUCCACAGUUUGCUGAGAAGGGGGACCAGGGACAGUACCUCCAGCAGGAUGCCAACGAGUGCUGGCUGCAGAUGAUGAGAGUGCUUCAGCAAAAGCUGGAGCCAUUAGAGCCAGAGACUUCUAUGGAGACCGAGUCUGAGAGCGGGGCUGCCUCUUCCUCCACAAAGAAGAACUUAAUUGAUCAGUAUUUCGGCGUGGAAUUCGAAACUGCUAUGAAAUGCACAGAGGCUGAGGAGGAGGAGCCAAUCAAGGGCAAGGAAAGCCAGCUCCAGCUCAGUUGCUUCAUCAACCAGGAAGUGAAAUACCUCGCAACAGGCCUAAGACUGAGACUGCAGGAAGAAAUCACAAAAAUGUCUCCAUCCUUGGAAAGAAAUGCCCUGUAUAUCAAAUCUUCUAAACUCAGCCGUCUCCCUGCCUACUUGACUGUUCAAAUGGUCCGGUUUUUCUACAAAGAGAAGGAGUCCGUCAAUGCAAAAGUCCUCAAGGACGUUAAGUUCCCGCUCAUGCUGGACGUCUAUGAGCUCUGCACCACGGAGGUCCAGGAGAAGAUGCUGACCAUCAGGUCCAAGUUCAAGGUGAUGGAGGACAAGAAGCUAGAGGAACAGCAGAAGAAGGUGGUGAAGAAGCCAAAUGCCGUGAAAGUGAAAUAUGAGCCUUUCUCAUUCCCUGAUGACCUCGGUUCCAACAACAGCGGCUACUACGACCUGCAGGCCGUGUUGACGCACCAAGGCCGCUCCAGCUCCUCGGGUCACUACGUGGGGUGGGUCAAGAGGAAAGAAGAUGAGUGGGUGAAGUUCGACGACGACAAGGUGAGUCUGGUGUCUCCGGAGGACAUCCUGCGACUGUCCGGGGGCGGGGACUGGCAUAUAGCGUACGUUCUACUGUACGGCCCCCGGCGGCUGGAAAUACUUGAAGAGGAGCAGUAGCUGUGGAAGAUUUCCUAGAAGACAAAGACGACAUACAUACAAACAUGCCAUUUCCAAGCACUGUCUGCAUAGAUGUGCAAUAAAACUGGUGUCUUUAAAGAUUCAAUGACCUUAAUUUCUUCUUCUUUUUUUUGUAACCAACACUGAUGCUUGUAAAACAAAUUCUGUCAAAUUGUGUUAAAUAUUCAACUAUAGUGGGCUUUGAAAAUGGAGACAUGACAAGAGGCAAUCUGUGGACCGGAUCCUUGAAAGAGGAUUACGAGUCCAGCUCUGCAGUUUCAUUAAAUGUUUUAUACACAUUGUAUAUUUUUUAAAGCCUUUGCUAAGGUGCUCAUAUCAUACAAGCAAAAAUCUCUCUUUAGUCAUUUAAUCAACUUUUACAGGAAUGCCGCGCCGAGCCGUUGUAUCUUCUCAGAUGUAUUACGGAGAAUAACACUGUUAAGACUUGCCCUUGUUCACCUGUUGGCCCCUCUGGGAAACUCGGGUUCAACCUCAGGUCUUUUCUUAAGUGCUUGGCUCGCAUCAUCUCCUGGAAUUGUUCUAAAAUGUAUUGACAGAUGAGGUUCUUUCUGCCAAAUCUUCACUAAUGCUUUUUUUUGGGGAGGGGAGGAGGGGAGGGGGGAAAGUGUGUGGGGAUAUGGUCUGGAACAGGUUGUCCUUGUGAUGAACCGUGUGGGUUUACUCGACGAGCAGUGAACAUUGUUCUUGCCGACAUCUGAACCCUUAAAAGGCCGUCGCUUCACUUUGUGACGCGAGAGAAACAAUGUAAGACCGAACCAUCCACCCUCUGUAAUAAGUUAUUGACUGAUUGCUUUUCAUAGGUGAUGAAAAUAAACUGUUGUACCAA